AUGGCGCAAUCACAGAGCAUGGCUUUCAGAAAGAUACGGGACUAUGCAGAAGAAGCUCGUGGGCUGGAGGAUGAUGUUGUAGACUUUGACGCGUCCAGUACUGAGGCGCGUUUAGAGCAGACGGUGAAGGAGCUGCAAGCACGCGUGCAGGAACAACAGGCCGCGCUUGAGAAGCUGCGAUCCCAACCAGAGGUUGAUAUAGCGGCUGCCGCUUAUGCAUCGGAAGAUCCGCGCCAAAAACUGCAGCAACUCAUCGCCGUCAAAGACGCGUAUAGACGCUUGAAGCUAACAGCAACAUUUUUACCCACCCAAGGAUCAGUUCUGCCUGCACUACUAGCAGCACGUACACUUCAACAGAAUGUCCAAGGAACCAAGGAGGCCAUCGCCAGCACUCAAAUCAAACUCGACGCAAAAGAAGCCACGCUUCGCCGCGAAAAAGCCAAUUUACGCGAUGCCCAACUUCUCACUCACUCAAUGGAGAAUCGCAUCGAACAACUCCGUUCUCAGCAUCAAGACCGUGCACAGAAGACUCCUGCCCAACUCACACUAGAACUAAUAGCAGCCAAGCGCGCAAAGAAGGAGAACUACGACGCGGAGAUGCAGCGUCUGGGCGAGGCAAUGAACGACUUCAUCAACGACUACCUUUCCAGUAUGCUCGCAGCAGAGGAGCUUGGCGGGCCUGUAGUAGGCGACAUGCUCGAUAUAGAAGAUAAUACGCUUGCUGCCGGCUUCACAAAGAAAGGGCGCCCGAAAUCAUCCAAGAAGCCAGCCUCAGACAAUACACGACAGCGCAGGAUUGACCAAAUCUGGGGCAAGAAGGUUACUCUUGAAGCAGGAGAAGAGGAAGAAGAGCCGCCUACAGAGGCCGAAGCUGCAGAUGCGGAGAUGCGACAGUUGAUUGAGAACCUGUUUGCUACUCUGAUGGGACCGGGAGGUGGAAAGGCAUACUUUCAACUCCAGAGAGACUCUGCGGCUUCGAGGUUCUUAGUCAGGGCGAAGAUUGCGCAGUUCCAUCCGAAAGAUGCAAGGAAGCUUAGGUUGAUUGACUUUGGACGAGAGUUGGAUGAUUGA